UAGCCUUCUGUUGAGUCUUCAAGCCCAGGAGGUUCAGCAACAUCUGAUGACCAUGAAUUUGAUCCAUCAGCUGAUAUGCUGGUGCAUGACUUUGAUGAUGAACGGACAUUAGAAGAGGAGGAAAUGAUGGAAGGAGAAACAAACUUCAGUUCUGAAAUAGAGGAUCUUAACAGGGAAAGUGAUAUGCCAAUCCAGGAGCUGCUUAGCCGUUACGGCUAUGACGGUGCCAUUCCACUCCAAGAAGAUGAUGAUGAUGAAGAUGAUGAAGAGGAGGAGGAGGAGGGAGAAGACGAUGAUGAUGUUGAUAAUGAUGACAACAGUGGCUGUAGUGGUGAAAACAAAGAAGAGACCAUAAAAGAUUCGUCAGGUCAGGAAGAUGAGACACAGUCAUCUAAUGACGACCCAGCACCAUCUGUUGCUUCUCAAGAUCCGCAGGAGAUAAUUCGCCCUCGUCGAUGUAAAUAUUUUGAUACAAAUAGUGAAAUAGAAGAGGAAUCUGAAGAAGAUGAAGAUUAUAUUCCCUCAGAAGACUGGAAAAAGGAAAUCAUGGUGGGCUCUAUGUUUCAAGCUGAAAUUCCAGCUGGCAUAUGCAAGUACAAAGAGAAUGAAAAAGUGUAUGAAAAUGAUGACCAGCUGCUGUGGAAUCCUGACUUCUUACCAGAAGAUAAAGUGAUCGAGUUCCUGAAUGAAGCGUCGAGGCGUACGGGUGAUGAGAAAGGCCUGGAUGCAAUUCCCGAAGGAUCGCAUAUUAAAGACAAUGAGCAGGCGUUGUAUGAACUGGUCAAGUGCAAUUUUGAUACUGAGGAAUCAUUACGAAGGCUGAGAUUUAAUGUAAAAGCAGCCAGAGAAGAAUUAUCUGUUUGGACAGAAGAAGAAUGUAGGAACUUUGAACAAGGGCUGAAAGUCUAUGGCAAGGAUUUUCAUGUGAUUCAGGCAAAUAAGGUACGAACGAGAUCAGUUGGUGAGUGUGUAGCCUUUUAUUACAUGUGGAAGAAAUCGGAGCGUUACGAUUUCUUUGCGCAGCAGACCCGAUUUGGAAAGAAGAAAUACAAUCUUCAUCCUGGUGUAACAGAUUAUAUGGACCGUCUCCUGGAUGAGAGUGAAAGUGCUGCUUCCAGUAGAGCUCCGUCCCCUCCUCCUACAACUUCCAACAGCAGCACCAGCCAGUCUGAAAGGGAAGACAGCACAACCAGCAACAGUAAUCAGAACGGGGUGUCUGCCAACGGGCCAGGUGAGAUACCAAAUAAAGAUGAAACAAAAAUCGAAGGAUUGCAUGUAAAUGGACCUACCAGUGGCAAGAAAACACCUCACACGGAGCUGGAUACAAAUGGGUAUGAAACUGAAAACCUUUCCAUUGACCCCAAACUUGCUCAUUCAGCUUCAAGAAAUGAAAACGAUUUUGAAGAAAAAAAUGAAAGACCUCUUAAAAGAAGAAGAAUUAACAGCAAUGGAAAAGAGAGUCCAGGCUCUUCAGAGUUCUUCCAAGAAGCAAACUCCCAUGGGAAGCAUGAGGAACUAGAAACUUUGGAUGACUGA